CGAUUUGGAAGAAUUGAAGCCAUUAUCUCGUCCUUGCAGCCAUCUGAUUCUGAUCAUCCAAAUAAACAAAUAGGAGAUGCAUUAAAAAUAUCAAGGCUUUUAAGACAUAAUAAAUUAGGAGUUUAUUAUAGCCAGGAUAGGAGCAAUAUGCUAUUAGAAUUACAAAGACAAUUAAAAAACCAUUUUGUUGUUGGAUUUGUGCCAUUUGGUGGCCAUUUUGAUGAUGCAAUGCACCCUUUACUUCAAGAACUCUAUCAAUUAGAAAAAAGCGUUGUGAUGAAUAUGAACGGUGAAUCUGUUUGGGUUAUCACUUCAAUUGGGCUUGUAAUAGCUGAUUUACCUCAG